UCAAAGGCAGGUCGCUGUGGAGAUCCAUAAAUUGUUGGGCCAAAGAUUCAGCUUUUUCACCCUUGUGAGGAGCUUUCCUUAGUAGAGAUUUUCUUUUUGCAGUAAUUUUCAAAUAGUAGAGGUGCCUUUUUCUAUCCUUGUUGAAGAAAGAAAAUAAAUCUAAUACCAAAUACACAGUGCUUAGGUUUCUGAAAUCUAGUUUGAUGAGAUCACUAGAAGGCUGUUGAAGAUUAAGUCUAAAAUCUCUUCUUGGCCUGUAGGAAGCAAGGAAAGCUGCAGGUGCCUCUACUGUACUUGCCCUUCCUGGGUCUGAAGUCUUGCCGUCACUGUUGCUCCCGAGGACCAGCAGCUGCUAAGAGUACGUGGCACUUGAACACAGACAAUGAGAGAUUUUCUGAUAUGCUCCUGCUGUUUCCUUGAUGUCACUGGAACAUCAUGGAAGAAAGAGAGAAGAGGUUUUUUCCAGUCAGUAGCGAAGAAGACUGGAAAAAAAAAAAAGGGUUGGAAUAGAAGCAGACUGUCUGGAGGAAAACGCUUAGAAACAGCAGAAUCAUGGAGGGGCUCUUGCAUUACAUAAAUCCAGCACACGCCAUUUCACUUCUAAGCGCCCUGAAUGAGGAGCGUCUAAAAGGACAGCUGUGUGAUGUUGUUCUUAUAGUAGGAGAUCAGAAAUUUCGAGCUCAUAAAAACGUUCUGGCUGCCAGCAGUGAAUACUUCCAGACUCUCUUCACAAAUAAGGAGAAUGAAUCACAGUCAGUGUUUCAACUCGACUUUUGUGAGCCGGAUGCUUUCGAUAAUGUGUUAAACUACAUUUAUUCUUCAUCCUUGUUCAUUGAGAAAGGCAGUCUUGCAGCUGUGCAAGAACUGGGCUACAGUCUUGGAAUAUCCUUUCUUACAAACAUUGUUUCUAAGAGUCCUCAAGCUCCUUUUCCAGCUUGCCCUGCUAAGAAAAUACUCUAUCAAGAUGAAGAAGAAAAUAGUUCUCAGAAGAGAAGUGUCAUUGUCUGUCAGAACAGAAUUGAAGCACAAGUGAAAAGUAUAAAUCAAACACAACAUGAUUUAAGCCAUAUUUCUAAACCUUCACCCUCUGUUACUGUCAAAACUAGCAGCAGACCACAAGUAACAAAACCAACUGACACCCUUCACAACUUAUCGCUAACUGAAAGGAGAUGGCUGAAAGAAAGUCCUGUGAGCUAUACCAAGGUUCAUGAAACUUCUGCAGCUGUGGAGGAUCAGAGCAGAGGUGGCUUAGUGAAAAGGAACACAGUACUGCCUCAAAUACCUUUAGCAGAUAAAGAAAUUUCAAGUGAUGAACCAGGAAGCAGUGGUCAGCUUUUAAGAGGAAAGGCUGCUGAGAUGUCAUUAAAAAGACCACGUCCGCCAGUCUUGUCUCUGCGUGGUGCAUCAGAGUCUACAUUUUUGCUGCGAGAAGCAGGAAAAGGAAAUGGCCCAGGUGAAGACAGGAAUUUGCUAUACUACUCAAAGUUAGGGCUAGUAAUUCCAUCUAGUGGAUCUGGUCCAGAAAACCAAAGUAUUGACCGAAGCGGUCCACUUGUAAAAAGUCUCCUUCGAAGGUCACUGUCCAUGGACAGCCAGGUUCCUAUUUACUCACCUUCUGUUGACCUAAAACCUUCACAGGUAUCAUCCUCCUCCUCACCAGGAACUAAUGAUUCCCAGAAGACAUUUAGUGUUGUGUCCCAAAAGUCAUCCUUGAAAGAGUCAUCAGAGAAGUUAGUCAUAGAUGAAAAACCACAGGUAAUACACCCACAUCGCCUUAGGUCUUUCAGUGCCUCUCAGUCAACCGAUAGGGAAGUUGCUUCCCCUCUCACAGAGGUGCAAAUAAAAACUGAACCUAGCAGUCCACUUUCAGAUCCUGCCGAAAUAAUAAGAGUUACAGUGGGUGAUGCUGCAGCAUCGACAAAUAAAGACUUUGCGUUUAAAACCGAGGAUGAUCAUAAGGAACCAAGUAGACUUCCAGCAAAAAGGAGAUUUCAAGCUGAUAGAAGACAACCAUUUAAGAAACUGAAAGCAGAUGAGCAGGGUUCUCCUGGGUCAGAAGAUAACUUUGAGGAAGGCUCAAGCCCUACACACCUUGAUGCUGAUUUUGCCGAUUCUGAUGUCAGUAAAGAUGAAUACAGCGAGAUGGAGGAAGCGAGACCAAAUAAAAAAUUUAAAUGCAAGCACUGCCUUAAAAUUUUCAGAUCAACAGCAGGACUUCAUCGUCAUGUUAACAUGUAUCACAAUCCAGAGAAGCCCUACGCUUGUGACAUAUGCCACAAGAGAUUUCACACAAAUUUCAAAGUGUGGACACACUGCCAGACGCAGCAUGGAAUUGUGAAGAAUCCCUCACCGGCUUCUAGUUCACAUGCUGUUUUGGAUGAAAAAUUCCAAAGGAAACUGAUCGAUAUAGUGAGAGAGAGAGAAAUUAAGAAAGCUCUAAUUGUUAAGCUGAGACGUGGCAAGCAAGGUUUUCAGGCACAGUCUGCUUCACAAGCACAACAGGUCAUCAAGAGGAAUUUAAGGUCGAGAACCAAAGGAGCCUAUAUUUGUACCUACUGUGGGAAAGCUUAUCGUUUCCUCUCACAAUUUAAACAGCACAUAAAAAUGCACCCAGGGGAGAAACCGAUUGGAGGAAAUAAGGCUCCGAAGCAGAAAGACCAUGCUCAUAUUGAAAGUCCAGUAGAAAGCAAGGAGGUUUAUCAGUGCCGUCUCUGCAAUGCUAAGCUCUCUUCACUUAUUGAACAGGGAAAUCAUGAGCGACUCUGUAGAAAUGCUACUUUCUGUCCUUACUGCAGCCUUAGGUUUUCUACUCCAGAGCUGAGGCAUGAGCACGAAAACAAGUGUGAGUACAAGAAGCUUACUUGUCUUGAGUGUAUGCGUAGCUUUAAAUCAUCCUUUAGUAUUUGGCGUCAUCAAGUCGAAGUUCACAAUCAAAACACGAUGGCUCCAUCAGAGAACGUUUCCCUACCUAUCCCUACCCUGGAUCACAAUGGAGAAAUAACUAGUUCAUCGAGAUUGCCUCAAUCAGAAUCCAAUAAAAUGAACCAUUUGGUUGCUGCAAAGGAAGAUGGUGUGUUCAGUGAUUCGUCAGAACAAAUCAAUUUUGAUUCUGAAGAUUCCUCAUGCCUACCUGAAGACUUAAGUGUUUCCAAGCAGUUGAAAAUUCAGAUCAAAGAGGAGCCUGCAGAUGAUGUAGAGGAUGAGGUCACCGAAACGAGCAGAGAACCUAAGGAAGUAGUCUCCAACAAAGAUGCCGGUUUGUGGCCCUGUGAAAAGUGUGGAAAGAUUUUUACUGUACGCAAACAGCUGGAACGUCACCAAGAGCUCUUAUGCUCUGUGAAGCCAUUUAUUUGUCAUGUGUGUAACAAGGCCUUCCGAACCAAUUUCCGUCUGUGGAGUCACUUCCAGUCUCACAUGUCACAGGCCGCAGAGGAGUCCACCAAUAAAGAGCCUGAGAUAUGUCCACCAGCUAAUUCCCCAUCACCACCACCCUUACCUCCACCACCACCCCUCCCCAAAAUCCAGCCUCUGGAGCCUGAUAGUCCAACAGGCUUGUCUGAAAGCUCCACUACUACUGAAAAGUUAUUUGUACCACAGGAAUCAGAUACACUCUUCUAUCACGCUCCGCCACUCUCAGCAAUCACAUUCAAAAGACAAUACAUGUGUAAACUCUGUCAUAGGACUUUCAAGACAGCUUUUAGUCUUUGGAGCCAUGAACAGACACACAAUUAGCUUUAACAGAUACCUUGAAAAGCUGGUUCGAUGGAGGCUGUGUUCAGGAUAUGAGAUGUCGGCCAUAUAAAGUAGAAAUCUAAGAGGAUCAAAACAAUUACGAUGAAAAAUUUGGACUUUGUGAUGCUGCUUGGAUUUCAAGAUUGAGGUAAACUAACUUGGUAGGUAGAAAGCAGAGUAAUUUAAGAUACUGUGGUCUGGGAUCUAAUAGUAAGAGAAGAAUUUUUAUUUCCUUUAACACUGAAAGACGAUCACAUCUGGAUUGUAUGCAUGGAUCUUCAUCUUGUGAUGUUGGUGUGUGCGUGUGUAUUAUAUAUAAAGUUAUAUAUUAAAUGAAAGAGCAACAACAAUUUGGAUUCUAACUGAGUUUAUAGUAGUGACAUACUGUAACCAAUUUCAUGAUUUUAUUUUUUUUAAAGGAACCAACACACAAGCUCCAUAUAAAUAGUUGCCAUGCGCUUGCAGUUAGGGAGGAAGUGGAUGGAGUGUCUUGUAUUGACUUAGGUCUUAGAAACCUUUAGCAAUAACAAAUAAACCUCAAGUUUGAGUAAUCCUGGUGUUAUUGGAUACGAAUGUUUGAUAUUUUAAGGGAACAUAGAAUCAUUUUGUGGUUAUAUGGAACUUGUACAAAUUAAAAUAGAAUCUAAAGUCAGCAAUAUUAUUACUAAGAUUUUAUAUAAAAAGUAGCAGCAAGACUGCUUUCAGCCAUUUAAUAGUAAGUUUCUAAGGAAAAUGAGGGAGGGGGUUCUUUGCUUUAUAUAAUGUCCCAAAGACUAAUUUACUAUAGAUACUUUGGUAGUUCAUGUCAUUGUAUUAACAGCCAUCAUCAUGCAAAUGGUACUGUUUAUAUUAUGAAGAUUGAAUGGAUAUCAGUCAAGUUUCAUAAUUUGUUUCCACUGUUUGUACAACUAUUUAUAAUUCUAACUACAAAGGAAUGCAUAACAAAUCAAAAAAGGAGAAAAAAAAAAAGAGAGAGCUCAUUAGGGCCAGAAGAUGAGUUGUGUUCAUACACACAGUACUAAGUUUGACCAUGAGUACAAAGAUACGUUUUAACAAAAACUAAAAAUGUAAAUAUUUAUAUAGACACCUGUAUAAAUGAAGAAGUUUGUAUCUGAAAUCUGUAUUAAGCAAACAUAUCCAGCGCAAAGCAGAGGAAAAAAACCAUCACACUACACAAUCACUGCAUUUUAUGAAUACAAUGCAUAGAAUACUUCUUUCUGAUGCUUUCUAUCGUAUGUGAUACUGUGUUGCAAUUUUCUCAUUUGUUGAAAAUCGUGGUAAUAAUGGGCUGCAGAUAUUCUGUGUGGUUCCAUUAUUUUACCUCAAAUCACAACUGGAGCAUCUUGUGUUAAGUAGUAUCAUAGAUAUUUACCAGAAGCUAUAGUAAGGGUCCAAAAUUACUCUGUAAAGGUAAAGAAACUUUACCCAGAAUAAGGUGGUAAACUAACACUGAAAAUUUCUUCUGCUAGAAUUUAAACUGAAUGAAGUGGUGAUGGAAUAAAGUGAACAUAAAUGAUACAAAAAGUAUUUAUGAUUGUGACCAACUUUACCCUGUGUGAGUUGGGAGAGUGGAGUUGCAUUCCACACUAUGUAGUCAGAGACCAGUCUGUGUUCACAGCAAGCAACAGGAGUUUGGUCACCACUUUCAGGGGGAGAAGGAGCAGGGCUUUAACCAUGAUGGUAUGUAACCACGAUUUUUUCGUUUUCAGAGUCAUAGAAUGGUAGGGGACCUUUGGAGAUCUAGUCCAACCCCCCUGCUAAAGCAGGUCCAACUAGAUUCCAAACUCAAAAAUAAGAAUUGCAAACUGACACUGAGAUUUGGCAAAACUAGGCACAAGCGUGACUCCUAAGAUUCUGAGGGUGGGCUUUCUCAGGCACACACAGGAGUAGAUUUUUCUCAGUGAUGCUGCCAUUUCUUUCCAACAGACUUUUUUUUUUUUUUUAAAGUAUUAUUAUUUGUCAUGAAAGUGAAGUUUAAAAGAAUUUUCUCAGGAUGAACCCGAUUUUUUUUCCAACUACCAAAAAAAAGGCAAUGUUACUUUCAAGCCUCUUCUGUUAAUUUUUUAUUAAAACCUAAAACUGUUACUAAACACCUCUAGUAGUAAUGAGUUGUUCUUUUGUCCUCAUUCAGGCAAAUUGUAGCUGAAUAUGAUUACACUAAUUUGUUAGAACAUCAGUUAAACUCUUUCAAUGACGUUGCAAUUAAAACAAGGUACUAGUUUAAUAAUGGCAUUUCUAGUUAUUGACAUUUUAUUCCACUUCAUAAGACUAAAUUUCUUCCUUGCCAGAAACAAUUUCAAAAUAAAAUGGUUAUUGCACUGGCUUAACAGAAUCAGAAAAACACACAAAGCUUUGCUGAGCAUCCUUUAAAUGUAUUUCAGAAAUCUGUGCAUGUAAAGUCUGAUCAUAUUUUUGUAAUAUGGUUCCUAAGUUUUCACCAAUGAUUCCUCUACAUAAUAGUCUGAAAGUUUAUGUAGCCUUUUAAAAAUCGGUAUGCUUUCUAAAGCAAGAUUGCAGCUAGUUCAGCUAUGUCAUAAUCAUCUAACUUCCAACUGGGAUUCUGCUAUGUGAUAUGAUAAAUUCCACACACUUUGAAUCAAAAGCUUGUGCAACAUCUUUGAAGAAACCUCAACCUUGUUCCUAGUAUACCAUGUAUUAUAAAAAGAACAUAAAAUAUUUUUGGUCUAAAUAGCCUCUUUCUAAGUUUUUCUUUAGUUGUUUUGUUUGGGUUUGUUUUGAGGUUUUUUAAGAGUUUUGGUUUAACUUCGAGUGUAUUCUGUGGGGUUUUUUUUAAACUUGUUUCCUGAUGUUUAGUAAAGGAAUUCAGGAUCUCUGAAGUUUGAAUAUGAGAUGUUUAUAUAGCAGUUCUGGUUUUCUAUUAGCUUUUAUACAGUAUCUUAAAAAGCCCUUGAUAGAAGUGUUUAUUUUGGAGGAUACAGAAUAAAUAUGCUUCCACUUAUAUAACUUUAAUAUAUGUUUAAAAAAUUAAAUUAUGGAAAAAAAUGAUAGUUGCUUGUUUAUAAAUAAAGGUCUUUUGAAGAGUGUCUAGUUUGGUCACAGCCAAAAUAAAAGGCAAAUUUAUUGAUACAAAGGCUAGUCUUCAUCAUAUUUUGUUUAAUUUUGUAGCUGUGUGCUAAAGUGACAUGAAGUUAAGAGGUCUUGAUAAACAUGAAAAGUGUUUUGCUUUUUCUCUUAAAAUUUGUGACAAGAAUGUGCAGAUGUUUUAAUAUAUAGAUUAGAAUCUCUAAUUCUUUCUCUUUUUGCUAUUUUUAUAACGUCAGGUAAAUCUCAGAGAACUAUUCUGCUUCAGUGGAAGUACAGUGGAAACUUAUUGCUUUUAAGAUGAGUAGGGUUGAGCCAUGAAAAGUGUUUUGUUUUGGGUUGUUUUUUCAAGCUCUAUGUUGGCAAAGCAUCUAAGCCUACAGUUAAGAUCCAUUAAGAUCAGUCUUAAUAGUUUUUUAAACAUGUAUUUUGCUAAACUGGGACCAUGAUCAACCUUGAAAGUGAACAAUGGCAGAAAAACAGAUACAGUUGUGGUUUUUUUAAGACCUAGAACCAAAAGUUAAAAUGUUUUUUCCUCUAAGUAAAAGUGGCUAAGGUAUAGUUCUGUAAGUUUACAAAAAUAAAGGACAUGAAGCAGUAAUAAUACUGUCUCUACAGGAGGUUUUUGGUAGGAGGAAGUGAAACACCCUGUGAGAGUUAAUUGAGCAGAUGACCUGCUGAAGCAGUCAGUGGGUGACACUAGAGUUUGUCUUGUGUAUUUCAGAAUAGGAAUGUAGCCUUAUCAGUGUACCCAAACACAGCUGUAAGAGACUUGUUCCUGCAUUUCCUAUUUAGGCAGGCCUUCCAGUGACUCCCAGUAGAUUUUUUUUUGUCUGAUGAUGUUUGUUUCUUUUCCCCCAAGUAGAAGAUGCGGGUUUGGUCUGAAGCUACAUGUAUUCUGUCUUUGUUCCAAACUUCCAGUGGUAAAACUAGAAGUUCCUCACACAGGAUAAGGACAGACUAUGCUUAACCUCUUGGCACUAACGGUGAGGGUGCAAAUAUCUGGCAUGAGCCUGUAAUAUGGCAUGUGCCUAUACUGUUCAAUAAAAUUGUUUACAUUUUCCUACCAGAAGAUUUAGGUAAAAAUCAAAGCAAGUGUAGGGUUUUACUGCUUUGUUUUGUUUGUUUGGUUGGUUUUUUUUUUUAACGUCACUGUUAAUGAAUCAGUGUUAAAAUCUUUUUUGUUGUUGUUGAACGCAGCCUGAUAGUAUUUUUUAAUGUCAUUGGUUCUUGUUUAUUUAAAACAACUUGUGAAAAACUGUACUAUAACUUGUACAUAAAGGGACACUCUCAAGAGAAAGGUUGUAUACAGUAAAUGUACGUAUCUGUAUUAAGAAUAUUUGAUAUUCAUCAAAUCAAGGAAUUUAAAUACAUCAAUUGAUUCAUGAUGCUUGAGCUGCUUUGGCACGAAAAUGCCUAUUAAAGGCAUCCUCAAUUUUUGCAAGGAUGUCUGAAAAAUUUAUCAGAAUUCUGUGGGUUGAGCUUAUUUUUCAUGUUGUUUUUUCUCUCACUGUUCCAGAAUAAAGGACUCAAAUCAAUUUUACAUUUUCCACUUUCUCGGCAAUACACAUCGCCUUUUAAAGACACAAGCUUCCCACUACUGCAGCAGCAACUUUAAUUAAAAUAUGUACAUAAAACACCAACAAACUCUAUUUUGCAAUGUAGCAUGCAAAAUACAUAUAAAAUACACAUGUUAAGGCUUAUUCUUGACAGUGUCCCUUUUUAAAAAGCAGGAAAAUGGCAUCACUUUUAGUAACGGCUACAGGGGAAUAGUUUCCUACAGUUUUUAGAAAUUGGAAUUUUCCAAUGUAUUUGCUGUAGAAUUUUCCAAUUAGCUGCACAAAAUCACUUGUCAUUUUGAAGUGUUAUAGAGGCAAGACAAAAGAAGCUGGUUUUAUAAUCCUGUGUACCUUAUAGUCAUUCUAUAUCAGUUCAAUACACCAGGAUGGGUUUUUACUUUUUUUAGGGCUGAAACUUAAUAGCUUAGGGUAACUUUUUCUUUAAUGUAAUGUAAAACCAUUGCUGCUUUGUACAACUUUUUCUACUGUGUGUUUUCUUUACUUAGAUCUUGACUAAGAAAUGUUGGCAUCCAAUAAACUUACACUUUGUUUCUUUUGAA